GGUGACCUGGAUGAACUGUUUAACAUCAAUUACUCAGGAGCACAGUUGGAGCCUAAUGCUACAGCAGCAGAUGCACAGGAAGUGUUAGAGGUAGGUUUAGAUACUCAAAUGGCUGCUGAAGCAAUGGAAGCCUUAGGUAAUUGUGAGGGCAGUGAUAAUCAUGUUACUGAUAAAGCCACAGGAAGUAAUCUAGCAGAUCAACCCAAUAACACUUUUCCAAGUACAAUGAGGGCAAUUGCUUCAAAGAAAUGUUCAGAAAAAAAUGUUGGGAUUCAGAAAUGUGUUAAAUCAGAUUUAUUAAAAGCACAUAAUGAAGAAGCCAGAAAGCAAUGCAAAAGGAACAAUUUGAUGAAAAGAUCAAAGAGAAGUACGUUAAAUGUGGAAGGCAACCUAAUCUCUGGUGCUAGUGAAAAUCGUAGUAAAUUUCCUUCUCAGCUUGUUGGGCAAAGAAAGUCAGCAACGGCUUCAAAAAGACACAAGGGUAAUGAAUUACAUGAUUGCACUGGCAGUAAGGAAGAAAACGGAGGAAGCUUGGUCAGCAAAAGGCAUUUUCAGAGUCAAGCUUGUCAUUUUUCACCGGUCGCUCGUAGAACUAGACGAUCCUUGAUUGCAAAUCAACUGAAGCCUGAUAGACCAUCAAGAAGUCAUAUAGAAGAGGAUGGAAGGAUUGACUCCCUUGAGGGAAAAAAUAGUAGUGCUGGCUUCCAGGCAUCUAAGACAUUAGAUCCCAAGUUUAAACCAAGUUGUUCUGAUCACUCUGAAGACAAUGAAAAUACGAGUUUGAGUGCUGUUAAUAACGACACUAAAAGAGAUACCUUGGACCAUCCAAGGAGAAGAUCUCUUAGGAAGUUGUCUAAUCAUGACAAAGGAUUGGAGAGAUUGGUUGGUUCAUCUAAUUUGUCUGUGCAGUCUGAAGAUGUUGGGCUGUCAGCUGCAAGGAAGAGAAAAAUGAGGGCAGAUGAUUCACCAAGAGGGAGUUUUAAGUCAUCUGACUUGACAUCUACAACACCAGAUAAAUGUAGAACUCCAGUAAAUGAUGCAUCACCUGUUUGUAUGGGUGAUAAUUAUUACAAACAGUCAUGCAAUAGGGAACUCCGUAGAGAACUCUGCAGCUUAAGUGCUACGGGACUUGAAUUUACACCAUCUAAAGAUUCAAGGAAGAGGAGGGAUAUCACCAAUGUCCGAAUUCUGUACAGUCAACACUUGAAUGAAGAUAUAAUUAAGCAUCAAAAGAAGAUUUUAGCACGACUUGGAGUCUCUGUGGUAACUUCCAUUCUAGAUGCAACUCAUUUCAUUGCUGAUAAAUUUGUGCGUACAAGGAAUAUGCUAGAAGCUAUUGCUUCUGGCAAACCAGUGGUUACCCAUUUAUGGAUUGAGAGCUGUGGACAAACUAAUUGUUUAAUUGAUGAGAAAAAUUACAUAUUGAGGGAUGCCAAAAAGGAAAAGGAGUUUGGCUUCUGUAUGCCAGCAUCAUUGGCACAUGCAACCCGACAUCCACUUUUAGCGGGUCGCAAAGUUUUGAUCACCCCCAAUACUAAACCUAGUAAAGAGAUUGUUUCAUAUUUAGUCAAGGCAGUUCAUGGCCAGGCUGUAGAGAGAAUUGGCAGAUCUUCGUUGCAACAUGAUAAGAUUCAGGAUGAUCUACUGAUCCUUUCAUGUGAAGAUGAUUAUGCCUUAUGCGUGCCUUUUCUUGAAAAAGGGACAGCUAUAUACAGUUCAGAGCUAUUAUUAAAUGGCAUAGUUACUCAGAAGCUGGAGUAUGAAAGGCAUCGUCUUUUUGCAGACAAUGUGAAGAAAACCCGGUCCACCAUAUGGUUAAAAGAUGGUGGAACAUUCCGAGCUGUGAAUAAAUGUAAAUAACCCUGUCUGGUUCCAAUUUUUCUGAGUUUUCCUUGUGAUCUUUUUGUAGUUUUUAGGUCUUUUGUAUUAUAUCUUUCAUAACGGAUAGAUGUGCCUGCAAUUUUUGUUCUACACGCGUGUUUUACUUUUAGUUGUGUAGAAGAUGCAUCUCCCUUUCGGCCACUUUUGUUCCUGUUGUUUGGUCUACGUCGUUGCGAUAAAGUUGAGAUGAUUUUGAUAUUACAUUCACAUUGAACUUGAUUUCGCAGACGAGAUGUGCACUUUAAUCA